UUUUUAUUGUUGUUAUUGUAGCGUUUGGUUACGCGAGUAGCGGGGAAUUGGUGUUUCCUGCCGAUGCGAUUGGGUGGAAUUGUAAUUUCAUGCCGCCAGAACCACUGCCUUAGGAUCGGAAAGACUUCUUCAAGGAGAGGAAGCACCAUAACAAUAAUAACCACCACGACAGGACGGCGUCUGACUCUUUGCUAGGAGGUGGCGGCGGCGGCCCCCUGACCAGAUGGAGAGAUUACUCCUCGCCCUCUUCUCACAGCCGCGAGCUCCCCCGGUGGGGAUCUGUCGACUAUCGCAGACCUCCAGGUCAUGGUAAGCAGGGAGGUUGGUACUCGUUUGCUGAAGAAUCUUGUCAUGGUUAUAUGCCGUCUCGAACUGGUGACAAGAUGCUGGAAGAUGAGAGCACCCGCUUGUCUGUUUCGCGUGGUGAUGGGAAAUAUGUCCGGAAUAGUAGGGAAAAUAAAGUUUCUUUUAAUCAGAAAGACUGGAAAGGGCAUUCAUGGGAAACGAGCAAUGGGUCAUCCAACAUUCCUGGGAGGCUACAAGACCUGAGUAAUGAUCAGAGGUCAAUCGAUGAUAUGCUAACGUAUCCAUCUCAUCCUCAAUCUGACUUUGUAAACACAUGGGAUCACCUUCAGUUGAAAGAUCAACAUGAUAAUAAAAUGGGUGGUGUCAAUGGGUUGGGCACAGGCCAAAGAUGUGAGAGACAGAAUUCACUGGAUUGGAAAACACUUAAGUGGACUCGUUCUGGAAGUUUGUCUUCCCGGGGUUCAGGGUUCAGCCAUUCAAGCAGUUCAAAGAGCCUGGGUGGCGUAGAUUCCAAUGAAGGGAAGGCAGAUUUACAGCCAAAAAAUGCAACUCCAGUCCAGUCUCCAUCAGGGGAUGCAGCAACCUAUGUGACUUCUGCUAUGCCAUCUGAGGAGACUACUUCUAGGAAGAAGCCUCGUCUCGGAUGGGGUGAGGGAUUGGCAAAGUAUGAGAAAAAAAAAGUUGAAGGUCCUGAUGUGAGUGAGAACAAAGAUGGAGCUGUUGUUUUGACUAGUAAUGUAGAACCUGCUCAUUCUCUCUCUUCAAACUUGGCCGAAAAAAGCCCCAGAGUUAUGGGUUUGUCAGAUUGUGCAUCACCUGCAACUCCAUCCUCUGUUGCUUGCAGUUCUUCGUCAGGUGUAGAGGAGAAAGCAUUUAGCAAGGCAGCGAAUGUUGAUAAUGAUAACAGUAAUUUAUGUGGCUCACCUAGUAUUGGGUCUCAGAAUCAUCUUGAGGGAUUUUUAUUUAAUUUAGAGAAGUUGGAUAGCAGUUCAAUAUCUAAUUUAGGCUCUUCUCUUAUGGAAUUUCUCCAUCCUGAUGAUCCAAGUACUUUAGAUUCUAGUUUUGUUCGAUCUACUGCAAUGAAUAAGUUGCUUAUAUUGAAAGGCGAUAUUUUGAAGACCCUGGAGGUGACCGAAUCCGAAAUUGAUUCACUGGAAACUGAACUUAAGUCAUUGAAAUCUGAAUUGGGAAGUAGUUGUCCUUGUCCUGCAACAUCCAGUUCUUUGUCAGUAGAGGGCAACACAGAUAAUUUAAAGGAACAGGGGACUGCCUCCAAUUUAAUUGCCCGACCUGCUCCUUUGCAAAUUGAUUCUUGUGGUGAAGGUUUGUUGGAUAAGAUGCCUGAUUGUAGUCAUGUCUUGGAAGAAGCUCAUGCUAAUGUUAAAGAUGAGGAUGUAGAUAGUCCUGGAACUGCUACUUCUAAAUUUGUUGAACCGUUGACUGAGGUGAAGGAAGAGUCUCCAUCCGACAUGGUUAAAAAUGGUGAAUGUCCUGGAAAUUUGGAUGCUAUUCAGUCAGAAAACGUUGAACCUAAAUGCACACCGCCUGGCUCCUGUAAGGAAGAGGUGACUGGUGCCUCUGCUGGCAGGAAUGACAUUGCGGUUGCAGAGAGUGAUUGUGGUGCACUUGUUUCUGGUGAUUGGAGUCUAUAUGCUGAUGGAGAAAAUUUGUGUGAUAUAAUUUUGGGUUGCAAUAAAGAAUAUGCUAAUAGGGCUUCUGAAGUAUUUAAUAAGCUAUUGCCAAGAGAUCACUGUAAUGUUCAUGUUUGGGGUGUUGCCAAUGUCUUGCGUUGUCAGGACAACUCCUCAGUCAAAGAAAAGUUUGUAAAGAGGAAGCAAUUUUUAAGAUUUAAGGAGAGAGUAUUGACUCUUAAGUUUAAAGCCUUUCAACAUCUUUGGAAGGAAGAUAUGCGCUUACUUUCAAUAAGGAAAUAUCGUGUGAAGUCUCAGAAGAAAUGUGAAUUAAGCUUGAGGACAAUACAUAGUGGAUAUCAGAAGCACCGGUCUUCUAUUCGCUCUCGAUUUUCUUCUCCUGCAACAGGAAAUCUAAGCCUUGUUCCGACCACAGAGAUAAUUAAUUUCACUAGCAAACUGCUUUCAGAUUCCCAGAUCAAGGUUUAUAGGGAUUCUUUGAAGAUGCCAACAUUGAUAUUGGACAAGAAGGAGAAGAUGGUGUCAAGGUUUAUCUCUAGUAAUGGAUUGGUUGAAGAUCCGUGUGCUGUGGAGAAGGAAAGAGCUAUGAUCAAUCCCUGGACUGUGGAAGAGAGGGAGAUUUUCAUGGAUAAGUUAGCCACUGUCGGGAAAGAUUUCAGGAAAAUUGCUACAUUUCUUGAUUAUAAGACGACUGCUGAUUGUGUUGAGUUCUACUAUAAAAACCACAAGUCUGAUUGUUUUGAGAAAAUAAAGAAAACGUCUGAACAAGUGAAGCCAUGUGCUAAUACUUACUUAAUUCCAUCAGGCAAAAAAUGGGAUCGACAGAUGAAUGCAGCAUCCCUUGAUAUAUUGGGUGAAGCUUCUGAGAUGGCAGCUGCAUUCCAAGCUGACAAUGUUCGGCGGCUGUGUUCUGGUAGAAUCUCUUUGGGAGGGUGCAGUGAUUCAAAAAUAUCUUUGGGUGAUGAUGGCAUGACAGAAAGGUCAAGCAGUUUUGAUGUAUAUGGGAAUGAGAGAGAAACAGCUGCUGCAGAUGUUUUAGCAGGAAUAUGUGGUUCGCUGUCGUCUGAGGCAAUGAGUUCUUGCAUCACAAGUUCUGUUGAUCCUGGGGAGGGCCAACGGGAGUGGAAGCACCAGAAAAUGGAUUGUGUUAGGAGAUGGCAUUCAACAUCUGAUGUUACUCAGAAUGUUGAUGAUGACACUUGCUCAGAUGAGAGUUGUGGGGAGAUGGAUCCUGCUGAUUGGACAGAUGAGGAGAAAUCCAUCUUUAUACAGGCAGUGUCAUCCUAUGGUAAGGAUUUUGUCAUGAUCUCACGAUGCGUUAGAACGAGGUCCAGGGAUCAAUGCAAGGUGUUUUUUAGCAAGGCGCGUAAGUGCCUUGGACUGGAUUUGAUUCAUACUGGACGUGGAACUGCGGGAACGUCUGUAAGUGAUGAUGCCAAUGGUGGAGGGAGUGACACAGAAGAUGCAUGUGUCUUGGAGACUAGCUCGGUUAUUUGCAGUGAUAAGGUGGACUCUAAAAUGGAUGACUUGCCAUCCUCUGGGGUCUACAAAAAUCAGGACAAAUCUGAUAUGGAAACCAUGAACAUGCAAACUGACCUGAAUAAAUCAGAGGAUGACAAUGGGGCGAGACUCCUUGAUGAUCAAGGUUCCAAGGAUGUAGGUCCUUUGGUUUCUGAUGAAUCUAAGAUAGUGCGUAAUCUUGAGGUAGUUUCUGAAUUGGAAAGAAAGAGAAUAGAUGAUGUUGAUAGCCAGUCCGAGUCACUGCAGGCCCAUAAAAUUCCAGUUGUAUUGGUUAAGAAGGAAGGUGGGAAAGAUAAUAUGACAGAACAAGCUGUUGGUGUGCCGGUGCCGGCUACGAGUAGAGAAGCCAUGAAUUCAUGCCCGUCAGGUUUAAAUAUUUUAGUUGAGACUACUGAGGCUCCUGUUAAGGGAUUUGAAAAUGGUUUGGAGGGUCAAAUUGAGCAUUAUAAAGUAUGCAAAGCCGAUAGAAAUGGUGACACAGAUACGAUGCAAGGUUCAAAUGCAUUUGGGAAUAUUUUCGAUCUGGCUGUAGAUACAAGUUCUUGUUCUGUUCCUCGGAAGUCAGAUAGUGGGGAUAAGCUUCAUGUAAUGUCAUUGCCACCAGAGAAUUCUUUUGCUCCUGUAGCUUCUGUGUCACAAGAUUCUGCUGCCAGUCAAUGUGAAAAAACAGUCAAACAAAAUAGGUUGUCUACCACACUUGACUUUCAGGGGAAUAAAGAUAAGAAUGCUCAUAUUUCUGUUAGCAGUGAAGACUAUCACCAUAACCUGUUGGGGCAUUCUGUACUGAACCAUGUUGAACACCCCCAGAUUCUCAAGGGGUAUCCGUUGCAAAUUCCUGCAAAGAAAGAGAUGAAUGGCGAUAUAAGUUGCAGACAACUUUCUGAAGCUCAAGGCAGUUCUAAGUCAGACAGGAGUAAUGGGGUGCACUAUAUGGCUCAGGAUUGUUACAUUCAGAAGUGUAAUAGUUCAAUGUCUCAUGCUUCAGUUCCCGAGCUUCCACUUCUGUCACCAAACUUAGACCAAAAGAAUGAUCCUCGAAGAACCCAUUCACGUAGUUUGUCAGAUACAGAUAAACCAUGCAAGAAUGGUGAUGUUAAGUUGUUUGGUAAGAUACUUAGUCAUCCCUCAUCUUCCCAGAAGCCAAAUUCUGGUAGUCAUGAGACUGAAGAAAAUGGGGUUCAUCAUCAGAAACAAAGCUGCAAGGUAUCAAAUUUGAAAUUCACUGCUCCUCUCCCUGCAGAGAUGUUGAAGUUUGAUCGUAAUAACUAUCUAGGCCUUGAGAAUGUUCCUGUGAGGAGUUAUGGUUUUUGGGAUGGGAACAGAAUACAAACUGGUUUUCCAUCUUUGCCUGAUUCGGCCAUCUUGCUGGCCAAGUAUCCUGCAGCCUUUGGCAAUUAUCCUGCGUCCUCAUCCAAAAUGGAGCAGCAGGCUUUGCAGGUCAAGAGUAGUGAGCGCAAUUUUAAUGGUGUCGCAGUUCUUCCGCAAAGGGAAAUUAAUAGCAGUAAUGGAGUGGACUAUCAGGUGUAUAGGAGUCGUGAUAGUACUAAAGUACAGCCAUUUACCGUAGAUGUAAAGCAGAGGCAGGACUUGUUAUUCUCCGAGAUGCAAAGACGAAAUGGGUUUGAAGCGUUGUCGAGUCUUCCACAGCCGGGGAGAGGGAUGGUCGGAGUGAAUGUUGUAGGAAGAGGAGGGAUACUUGUAGGUGGACCAUGCACUGGUGUUUCAGAUCCAGUGGCAGCAAUUAAAAUGCACUAUGCUAAAGCUGACCAGUAUGGUGGGCAGAGUGGGAGCAUUAUUCGGGAAGAAGAAUCUUGGAGAAGUAAUGGGGACAUAGGCAGGUAGUAGUUGUUCUUUGAGGGCUUGGGAAAGAAGCCCUUCGCAGCAAACGUCUUAUCUUUGCUGCGCCCUGUAUAAUAGUUUUUGUAUUGUUCAAUGAAAAAUGAUAGGGCAGUUGACAGUUUCUCAGAUCUCUUUCUUUUUUUGGGUAAAAUAUUUUAGGUGCUUGUAAUAUUGCAGCAGCUUUGUAUUUGUUGUAUUUGAUGGAAAUACAGAAAUAAUCUGUGAAAGUUGGAAGGAGGGGUUCUUAAAA